AUGGCGUCAAAGGUCCGGGACUGUGACUGUGGCUUCACAGACUCCAGCGACCCAACAGAAAGCGUCUUUUCCAGUUUCUUUGCCGUCAACUUCAGCUCUAUUGCAGAUAAGAGAUUCACGGAGCUCUUUAUUCCCGCCUCGUACGAGGUAGUUCAAGGCGACUCUCCAUACACAAGAGACUUCUCUCCGGACCAGGUACAGCUCUCAUCAACAGGACUUGAGCUCACUGUCUCACCUCUCCCAUCAGGUUCAAAGGCGGUACCCUGUGCGCAGAUCAUCAGUCGUUCAAAGUCAUAUUUCUAUGGCUCUUAUCAUGCACGAUUCCGCGUCGGAACCGUGCCUGGGACGGUGACCGCUUUUUACAAUUACAAGAGUGACACUUCAGAGGUCGACAUAGAAUAUGUCAGUGCCUGGGAGGAGGCCACGUUGCUCUACACCGUCAAACCGCAGCUGUAUUCGCCUACAAACAAUCCCUUGAACAGCACAUACCAACGAGAGUCGUGGAACGAUACAAGUACCUCAUUUGACGAGGAUAUUCACGAGUGGUCCUUCGUAUGGCUGCCUGACAUUGUCCACUAUGGCCUCGACAAUAACUACUCGAGGUCCAUCACCACAAAUGUGCCCAAGGCACCAGGCCGUCUCGCCUUGAGUCAAUGGUCCGACGGCAACUCCAACUACUCUCUGGGGCCUCCGACAAAGGACAGCACUGUCGCCGUUACUUUUCUCUGGGCUGUAUACAACGACACAAAUGCCAAACCACUCGCAUGUAAAAAGACGGGUGAGGCAUGCACCAUCACAAAUGGUGUCUUCAAAUCCAUCACCGCCUCAGGGAACAACGGCGACAAUGAUGACUCAGGGUCUACAUCAGUUAUCUUGGAGAACUCUGCUCACCUCGCCGGUCCAGCAGCGUCUGGCUGGCUUUUUACUUUGUUAUUCUUUGUUUGGUUUAAUUGGCAUCGUUACCUGUAG